AGAAGAGGAAAUGAACGCGCGAGCUCCAGCGCAGAGCACGAUGUUACGUUUAGGGGUUUAAACUGUUUUCCUGACUGCGUCGGAUCCAGUACAUGUUCAGAAUUGGUCAGAUUUCUCGGAACUAUCAGUCUGACCUGCCCUGCUUUUAUACAGACUGUAAGUCAGAACACGCUGGAUGACAGACGUGAAAAGUUCAAAUAUUCCGUGUUUCCUUUACAACAACACGAGCUACAGCUCUGAACUGUGAGGUCACUCAGACUCAGCUGCUGUCCGGCAUGGCAGAGGCUGAGGAGUCUGACCCAGCAGCAGUAGCAGCAGGAUCUUCCCCUCGGUUUCCUCGCCAGUGUACGGGCUCCAGUGAAAGGACUCUGUCAGAAGAGGAACGAGAGAAACUGAGCAAUGACCGAGUUCUGGUGUCGGACUUUAAGCAGCAGAAGUUUGAGCUGGAAGCUCAGAAAAACUGGGACUUGUUUUACAAAAGGAACAGCACAAACUUUUUUAAGGACAGACACUGGACCACGAGAGAGUUUGACGAGCUAAAGGCUUGCAGAGAGUUUGAGGCCCAGAAGCUGGUAAUGCUGGAAGCUGGAUGUGGAGUGGGGAACUGCAUCUUCCCUCUGUUAGAGGAGGAUCUCAACAUCUUCAUCUACGCGUGUGACUUCUCACCCCGAGCUGUAGAGUUUGUGAAACAAAAUCCACUUUACUGCCCAGACCGAUGUCUGGCAUUUCAGUGUGACCUCACUAAGGAUGACUUGCGAGCCACUGUCCCAGAAGAGAGUCUAGAUGUUGCCACUCUGAUAUUUGUUCUGUCAGCUAUUCAUCCUGACAAAAUGCAGCAAGCCCUGGAAAAUAUUUACAAGGUUUUAAAACCAGGCGGUAUUGUCUUGUUCAGGGACUAUGGCCUCUAUGACCAUGCCAUGCUGAGGUUUAAGUCAGGGAGCAAACUCGGGGAGAAUUUCUACGUCAGACAGGAUGGCACUCGCUCAUUUUUCUUCUCCAGAGAGUAUCUUGCCAGUCUGUUUCACCAGGUGGGCUUUCAGACCCUUGUGAAUGAGUACGUUCUGAGAGAAACAGUGAACAAAAAGGAAGGACUGUGUGUUCCUCGAGUGUUUCUCCAGAGUAAAUUUUGCAAGUGUGGAUGACUAUUUCUUCAGGGCUUCUCAUUUUUUUUAUUCAUUUGUAUGAACCAAUGUUGCUUUUAUUCAUUGAUUUUACUGUAUUAAAUUUCAAACUUUGAAUAAAAAAGAUAU